GUUGCCGCGGCAACCGUCGCGUGGCAUCCGUACGGAGCGCGAGCUGAAAACUGUGAAAUUGUCUCGUCUGUUGUUAACCCUCUCCCUGCCGCCCACAGCCAGUCCCAGUACGGCGGAGGUAGAUGAGCGCAGGUUGUGUGCACAUCCCUUCAGUGUGUAAUCAAUAGUCCCGUGCCUUGGCUGGCAGGUGUGUGUACAGCUAGUCCAUAUUACAAUACAGAGCCAGGCGCAGCGCUAAUGCGAGGAUGUUAACGUCUACACGAAGAGAUGUCCAGGGACAAGCGGCCCCGAUCCCCCCCUUCCCCCCACCCCUCAGAAGAAUUUUCCCUGCACAGCAAUGAGGAGUGGGAGCCGACCCAGGAGGAGGAUACGACCGACCAGGCAUGCAGUGACCAGCCGCGGUCGUCAAGGGACCAAAGGGAGAAGCAAAAGAAAAAGAAAAGGCCUAGACAGGCAAGAAGCCGGCCAGAGGAUCAGUCGGAGGAGGAAGCCUCUGGUGAAGACGCAGGACAGAAGAAGCCGCGUGGACCCAGAUACACUGAGGCGGAAAACUGUGCCCUAGUGGAUGGCGUCGACAGGUCCUACGACGUUCUGUAUGGACCAAGGGCACAGACCACAGCAGCUAAGACCAAGCGAAACAUCUGGGAUGCCAUCGCGAGACAAGUCACUGCAGUAUCUGGAAACCGCCGGAGCACCAGAAACUGCAUGAAGCGGUACAGUGAUUGCCGCAGACAGACCAAGAAGAAGAUGGGGAUUCAGCGCCGACAUGAGACAGCUACGGGAGGUGGUCCGGCACUCAAUCUGAAGUGGCUACCCUGGGAGAAUGUUAUUAGAUGGCGCAUGAACGCUGUUAUGGUCCAAGGAGUUCGUGGAGGUGUGGACUCCAGCCGUCCUGCUGGCUUUCCCGAGGAGGAAGAACCGCCCAGAAGACGGAAGACGGCGGGAGACGAGCAGUCCAAAAGGAGGCCUACUGACACGCCUGCCCAGAGGACAUCACCUGCGCGCAGGACAUCGGCAGCGCGCGGACCAUCACCUGCGCAGCAGGCAUCGGCAGCAGCGUGCGGACAUCACCUGCGCAGCAAGCAUCAGCAGCGCGCAGAUCAUCACCUGCGCGCCACACAUCGUCAGCGCGCAGAAAGUCACCUGCGCGCCAGACAUCGUCAGCGCGCAGACCAUCACCUGCACGCCAGACAUCAGCGUGCAGAAUGUCACCUGCGCGCCAGACACCGUCGGCAACCACACCACCAGCUGGGCGCCAAACUACAUCUCCUGCGCGCAGGCCAUCACCAGCUCGUCAUCUCUCCAGUAGCUCUGGGACUGUGACCGAAGAGCCUCAACAAGACACUACCCUUGUGGACCCAUCACCCGAACUGUUUGAGUCAACAGGGUUAACGGACGAGACUUUUCUUGGGUUUGAAGACAGCAGUGCAGACGUAUCCAGCCAUACCCUUGAAAAGUCUCCAGAAUUGAGGACAAGUGAAGCUCCUGGAGCAGCGGCACCACAGGAUGGAGAAGGUGCCACGGACCAGCAGCGGACUUGCGUCGGGGAUUGGUCCCUUCUUCAGGCCGGAUCUCCUACAGGAUUCGUCGGAUGACGAGGUGGAAGUGCAGCAGCCCGCUGUUUCUACAUCCCUGUCUUCACAAAUGCAAUUGGUGGCAGACGUACAGCAAGGGCAGGAUCCCUCAAAUAUUCAGAGGGUAAACACCCUGGCAGCAGAGAUGAAUGUCAGCCAGGAUAAUUUUCGGGUUGUCGUUGGAACCAGACUGGACGCCAUUGAGAAGACAAUGGAUAAGAUGGCAAACGGUUUGGUUGACAUGCAAAAGGCUCUUGCCGACAGCACGGCAGAAACGCAAAAGACCAGACGAGAAGAUCACAGGGAGACUAUGGACAUCCUUCACGUUCUGGCCACAUCCAUCAACCGGCUGGUGGAUAACACAUCAUGCCUGGCACACAGCGUUGACAACAUGUCGGAGAGCCAACGACAUUCCGCAUCCAGCCACCAGAUCAUCGCAACAACGCUACAGAUGAUCUAUGAUAAGCUCCCAGAGCCAGCUCAACAACACGCUGGUGAACCACCACAUCCGCCACCACAAGCCACACUGACGCCUCCUGCCCUUGCUCCACCACGAUCCUGGUAUGGACGGUCACAGCUGUACCAAGGAUAUACAGGGAUGUACCCCACCUACCAGAUGCCUCCACCACCAACACCGGCCGCAUCAUCUACACCAGCGCGGCCACCGAGGCCAAGUCAACGCACUCCACAGCCACCCAGGGCAUCGACGCCCCAUCAGGAGGAAGAAGAGGAUCCGGACGGACAACCACCAUAAGCCCGGUCGUAUUGUUUUAUUAUUUACUCUUAUGUUUUUCAUGUUUCCCUUUCUCCCCCUCCCAUUAGUUUUUUUUCUUUCUUAAUAUUGUUUUAUAUUUGUGUUGGGCUCCCCCACCCCCGACCGGAUACUACCAAGGAACUUUAUGUCUAGGCAUACAUGCGCGGGCAUGUAUGCGGGCGCGUGUGGUAACUGAUGAAAGCUCCUUGUGGUUACAUGUAUGAUGGGCCAAAGAGCUAUUCUGAUACCACUUUUUUUUUUAAAAACAAACUCCUUUUUGUAUUGGUGUAAAAUAGGCUUUCACUGUUGUGUGAAUUUACUAUUUACUAGUGUUUAUUUUUGGCUUCUUCAUAGGAUUGGGUGGAAAAUUGAAGUGGACGGCGUAGUUCGUGUUGUGCGUACCAAGAUCUCUACAGAAGAAAAGAAUGUAAAGAAGAACAAACACUACUUUUUUUGUUUUUA